GUUUCCCCGGAUUUAGCCUCUACCCUUCGAACGAUCGAUUCACCGAUCUCACACGGUCCGCAAAAUGGCGGACUCAUAUGACUACAUCAUCUGCGGGGGCGGCACUUCGGGGUGCGUGGUGGCUGGACGCCUGGCUGAGAAUCCGCACAUACGGAUCCUGGUUAUCGAAGCAGGACAACAUCAUAAGGACCUCGAGAAUGUGCAUAUGGUUGGCGGUUGGGCUAGUCUUCUCGACGACAAGACGGAUUGGAACAUCGUCACUUCACCAAUGUCCGGUGUCAACAAUCGUCAAGUCAAGCUCAGCAGAGGCAAGUUCUUGGGUGGCUGUAGCGGUUGCAACGGCACGCUUUGCAUACGCGGCAGCAAGCAGGAUUAUGACGAUUGGGGCUUGGAUGGAUGGAGUGGAGAAGAAUUCUUCAAGUACAUGCAAAAGGCCGAAACAUUUCACAACAAACCUUGGUUUCAAGCCGCUGAUCGAUUCCACGGACAGUCGGGUCCUCUCCACGUCGAACCACAUGACCUCGCGCCGAUUUCUCAGCUCAUAAUGGACUCGUUCGUCUCCCAAGGCCUUCCACUGGACCACGACAUGUUCACAACUGGCGAGACGCCCCAUGGCUGUGGCCAUGUACCACGCACAGUAUACAAUGGUCUUCGUACAACUAGUGGAGACUUUAUAACAAACGGGUUCCAUCGCAGCAACGUCACCAUCAUGACAGAUACCACUGUAGAUAGGGUGCUCUUUAAGAAGACCCCCAGCGGGCUGAAAGCAGACGGCGUUGUGGUGGUGACAGCGAAUGGGCAGCAAUCGUUGUACGCGACAAGGGAGGUAAUCAUCAGCAGCGGUGCGUAUUGCAGCCCCACCAUCCUCAUGAGGUCUGGACUUGGUCCAAAGGAGGAACUGCGGCGAAACGGUAUUGAAUGCUUGGUCGACCUGCCUGGCGUUGGACAGAACCUUCUGGAUCACCUGAUUGUCUUCAUGUUCUACGAAACAGAGAAACCCGGUCUCACAAGCGAUCAUCUCGUCUAUCACGACGACAAUUAUGACAAGACCUACGCACUUUGGAGGGAGAAAAAGCAGGGGUUUUUGUCAAAAUUCCCCUUUGGCUCCUUUGCCUUUGCGCGCUUAGACGACCGUCUUAAGCAUGAACCAUUGUGGAAGAAUGCGCCACGGCAACCAGGCCGUGAUCCUAUGGGACUGACACCUAAACAGCCGAAUGUUGAGUUCUUCACCACGGAAUGCUAUGGUGGCCCUAAGCAAUUUGAUCAAUUUCCUAUCGAUCGUAAACACGCAUUCUCGAUUAUUGCAGAGCUAUUUUCGCCUAGGUCCCGUGGAAGCGUCACCCUGAAGUCAAAGAACCCCCUGGAGAACCCAGUGGUGGACUGCAACUACCUUGCCGAUCCGCUGGACGUUCUCGUGUUGAGUGAGGCAUGCAGAUUCGCGAACGAGAUUAUUACCAAGGGCGCUGGGACGAAGGACAUUGUGAAAGGAUCUUGGCCACCUCAUUUGACACACCACACCUACACCAAAAGGGAAGAGUGGAUUCCUUAUGUGAAGGAACAUGCAACAACAUGCUACCACGCUGCAGGGACCUGUGCAAUGGGUUCUGAUAGCAAUCCUCGAGCUGUUCUCGAUAACAAAUUGCGUGUGCGAGGGAUCACAGGUCUCCGUGUCGCAGACUGCAGUGUGAUGCCCACAUUGCAUGGGGGACAUACUCAAAUGCCUGCCUACGGGAUUGGCGAGAAGUGUGCUGACCUUAUCAAAGAGACGUGGACAUCACCGAUGUUGAAUCUUGCGAAGCUAUAAGCAAGUGUCAUCAUGAAUGUCGAGCACGAAUAACAUAGCCAAGUUCUGUGUCGCUACUUCACGGGACUGCCAUGAAAGAUAUGCGAUUCUCUGGGUGUAUUUUAGCACAUGAGCCUUCUGUUGAUUCAGCCAGUAUAACAACUGUUUUCAUGAUCACGACCGCGCUUUUACGACAAAGCAAUGCAAGCAGAUGGCCAAGCUAAAUAGGCACAGCCAAUCUUUAGUUCGCCAGUAGUAUUCUUAGAUACAGCUUUACACUAAUGAAUCC